AUGUCGCAGCAGAAGCAGAAGCAAUGUGCCCCCCCACAGCAGUGCUGCCCCCCACCUCAGCAGUGUGCACCUCCUCAGCAAUGCUGCCCACCACCUCAGCAGUGUGCUCCACCUCAGCAAUGCUGCCCCCCACCUCAGCAGUGUGCACCUCCUCAGCAAUGUGCACCUCCUCAGCAAUGUGCACCCCCUCAGCCUUGCUGCCCCCCACCCCAGCAGUGUGCUCCCCCUCAGAAGUGCUGCCCCCCACCUCAGCAGACCAAGCAGCCUUGCCAGCCUCCACCCAAGUGCCCCCCUCAGCAGUGCCAGAAGUCUAAACAGAAGUGA